UGUCAUUGCCAGUCACGCAUCAUUGAUUUUGAUCACAAUUUACAUUUUGAUGUAGUAUGGACUAAAGUUAAACAAAUUGAUUAAUUUCUUUAUUUAUAAUAAUUUUAAUUCCUAAGCAAACUGCUCUUCAUCCCACAACAUAAUGGCGGAUCGACUGACACAGUUACAAGAUACCAUAAAUCAGCAAGCUGAGCAUUUCUGCAACAGUAUCGGUAUAUUGCAACAAUUUUCUACACCGAGCAAGUUUCCUGGGUUCGAUCGCAGUGGCUCUCAAACACCGCAACAGCAGCAAAACCAAGAGGACUAUGCUAUGUUAUUUGCAACAUUAAUUUCCCGCUGUGCUAAGGACAUUGAUACACUAAUUGAAUCCUUGCCAAGUGAAGAAAGUUCUACAGAACUUCAAGUACAAAGCUUAAGGCGCUUAGAAGCUGAAAAUAAGGAGGCUGCUGAGCAGUUAGAAGAAGUUGUACGCCAGGGCGAGAUACUGCUUGAAAAGAUCCAAGGUGCUCUCAGUGAUAUUGCACAGUCUCAGCUCGAUAUGCAGAACCCAAUACUCAUCCUCAAUAAAGAUAUCAAACCACAGUUAUAGGAUCUGAGGAGGUCCGGCGGUUACCUACGUCGGUGAUCAUUUUGUUACAGGAUAAAAUAAUAUGUACACUGAAUAAUCGCUAUGUAAUACUUAAACCCAAAAUAAUGGUUAAAAAGUACAUAAUAUUGAAUAUGUUACUUUUUAAUGUUGAUACUGUACUUAAACAUCUGUGAGUCAAACAAAAAAUUACUAAUUUAUUUAAAAUGAGGCUACUUGGACAGUUUAUUGAUUUACAAGUUGUAUAAUAUUAACAAUUUCAAUAGAAUUUUUAACUAUAAAAAUAAUAUUAACUGUUGCCGUAAUAUAAUAAAUAAAAAAACUAAUAAACAUUCUUUACCUUUGCAUUCUUAAUAUCAAGUUACUAAAGACUGGGAGAUUUAAUUAUUUGUUUAACUUUACACUCAUACAAUGUUUAUUACUAAAAUGGUUUAAGUAUAUUUUUGUUAUUACUUGUUUUUUUAGUUUUACAGUUCACACACAUGAUUUGAAGUAAUUUUAUGGAAGUUUGGAAGGAUCUGAAAACUUUAAAUUAAACAUUUAAAAAGAGCUUAUAAAAGUUCCACUAUUGGGUAAAAGAGAUGAUUUUUCUCCUCUUUGUGUUGGUUAUAUAUAAAUGGCAAAAAAUCCUCAGUCAUUAUAUUUCUUAUUUCAUCAUAAGGUUUCUGGUAUCACUGAGCAUGACCAUUUGUAGAAAUUAAAACUUACAAUAUUCAGUUAUCAAACAUAUUUUCAAUUUAAUGGAUCAUCUCAGCUCUUAAAAAUUAGCAUUGAAGGUACGUUUCAUGCAAACAAUAGAUCUUAUUAGUAAAAUAAACAAUAAAAGGCACUAUUAAUGCUUAAAAUUGUUUUAUAUGUUAUGGGUCCAAAAAAAAUUCCAUCCUCUCAAAGACAAAUAACCUUUAUGACGACCUCCGUGGUCGAGUAGUGCGUACACCGGUUUUCAUGGGUACGCCACUCCGAGGUCCCAGGUUCGAUUCCCGGCCGAGUCAAUGUAGAAAAAGUUCAUUAAUUUUCUAUGUUGUCUUGGGGUUGAUUUACCAUAACACAAGUUCUUUAACUACUUACAUUGGGAUCAAAGUAAUGUGUGUGAGGUUGUCCAAUAUUAAUUAUUAUUAUUAUCAAAAUCGGUCCAGCUGUUCAGAAAAAGUUCAGUGACAUUCACACAUGCUGAAAAAUGAUAUAUACAAAAUAAAAGAAUAUAAUAAAUAAAAAAAAAAUUAACAGCAGUAUUUGAAAACAUUGAAUA